AGAAAGAGCAUAGCAACGUCUCUAAGAUUUGGAUCUCUUGAAUUUUGAACAAGAGUUCUAGAACACAAACUAGAUUUCCUGGCUUAACCCAAUCCACACACAAUCAAGAACUUUCCUCUUUGGUCAACAGAACAAGAUGCUGGACUGGAGAUUUGUGGCCACUCACUUGAUCCUGGCCAUUUUCCUGAUGCAAUGGAGCACUGGGAAAGGGCCCUGGGUUGCUGCAGCACCAGAGCAGGCCAUUAACUCCAUAGCUGAGAGUGCCCAAACUCACAUUGAAAACACUGAAGAAAAAUCUGCCACUGAGCUGACCCAGAAACUCCUGUUCCUUGAUGAGCUGGUAUCCCUGGAAAAUGACGUGAUUGAAACCAAGAAGAAAAGGAGUUUCCCUGUCUUUGGGGCUCCACUGGACCGACUCUCUGCUGGCUCCUUCAAUAUCAAAGGCAAACAGAGAAAAACGGUGGAGCUUCCUAAAAGGCGAUUCGGAGUCCCCAUUGAUCGGAUUGGAAGCAACCGUCUUACAAACACCAGAGGUUAGCAGGAUCCAUGGGUGCUGCUUUCUGGGAUGAUAUGUGACAGAAACCCCACUGGAGAAGACUUAUGUCUUAUCCUAAUGAAUAACCCUCUAUCAACCCAAGCCCUCCUCCUUCUCUGCAUCAAAUGAGACCCCUGUCACUCCCCUUGAAUGUUUCGCAUCUCAGUAUGUGACACUUUUCCUUCGAAACAUUAAAGAAAAAUCUUCCAAGCUCUGCAA